CCGUCGCGUGCACGUCGAUUUUUCGUGCGUUUACGUGUUAGACCCGCGAGUGCGUCUGCACCGAGAACGUCGCUUUCACUUCUCGUUGGUCGUGCUUUCUAACCGGCCAGCUUAACACCACUUUGUCUCUUGUUCUUCUCCCGUUCCGCCCUUUCUCUCUCUUUCUCUCUCUCUCUCUCUCUCUCUCUCUCUCUCUCUCUCUCUCUCUCUCUCUCUCUCUCUCUAUCUCUGCUUACCAAACUAUCUACUUUUUUUUCUCCUUCCCCCCGCUGUCUUCAGCGUUUUCUUUUCACGACUCCGGUUCCACGCGUAUCCGCAUCCCUCCGAUUUCUCUGCCCGUUGUUCGCGCGUUACACGAAAAAUAAAAACAACACGCAUCCGCGAGUCGAGCGAGAGUCCUCGGAGCAGGAGUCGCGAAGUGUUCUGGUCUACGAAGAGUAAUAUGACAUUCGGCCGAGACGCGAUCGAAGCAGAGACAUAAAGACAAAGUCGGACGCAUUUACUGGGAAAGGAAUACACAUUACUGUCAAGAGAGACUGUUGCUAAAAGUGUGAAAAGCAUGGCGAAAAGACAUCGUUGAUGUCGUGUUUACGAUACUAUAGAGGGUUGACGAAGGGGCUCGGGGAUCGUUGAAAGACAAAAGAAGGAAGGGAAAGGAUAAGAAGGAAGGUGAAAACUGUCUUAGUGAUCCUGCCGAAUAGAGGUCAAUGGAGCCAUCCUGAUGCAGGCUGCAAAACUAGGUGGGGAUUACCCGUCGUUGUCGUCGGGCUGAUUUCAACGGUGAGCAGUGGCGAUUCCACCUUUGGGUGGAAACGCCGUUUCCAUCACCGCCAACGGCGAAUAAUACAGCCACUUCCGCUACCUCCACCCCACGUGGCCGAACCAUUACCUGAUAAGAGCUGGAGAAGCGGCCGCAGCCGCAGCCGCCUCGGAGCUCUGAGGAGCUGGAGGAUCUGCACAAGCUACUGCACUUCCCCGAGGAGGUGGCGCUCAGGUUGACGGAGACCGAGUACCAGCUGUUCUACCAGGUACCGCCUCAGGAGUACCUGAGGCACGUGGCACUAGAUCAGAAUACGCAGAAACCACCUGCCAGGCCACCCCCGUCGCCGAGUCACAGCUUCAGCGCUCCCAGCACCGCCAACAGCUCUACCCAAACCGAGGAAGAGUCGAACUGGCCUGUUUCCAACCUUUUCUCUUCCGUUCAGACGCUCAUCGAUCGGUUCAACGAGGUAAGCUCAUGGGUCACCCACACGAUACUAAAUAGCACGACGAUAGAAGAAAAACAAGCAGUAUUGUCCUGCCUUCUCCGAGUAGCUCAGACCUGUUGGAAUACCGGAAACUUUAACUCAGCCAUGGAAAUUGUUGCCGGUCUCAAGUCCAACAAGCUAAAGCCGUUUUGGCACAGCGUGAACGAUUCAAUACCAGUUUUGGAAAACCUCUCCUCCGCCCUGUUGUCCCCCCAAUACGACCUCGCUCUUGCUCGAGCUUUAGCGAUGCCAGAAUGUCCUGUGAUACCGUUCUUCGGGGCCUUCCUGCGGGAAUUGCGGGAAGUUAUCGCGUCCGAGUCCAAGUCUCAACACGGUUGCAAGGACAUCCGAGAAUCGCCGCGCAAGGACGUCGAAUCUGAAAACGUGCCGUCCUCGGGGCAUACCGGGAAGAUAACUUUGGACAGUAUCACGGAAUCGCCAUCGGAAUGUAAUUCACGGAAUAGUUCCCUGAAGAAGCAGGAGCACACGCCUCUCCACGACACGAACACCAUCCUCGAGAAAGUCGCCGAAUUUCAUAAGCAUCGACAUGCUCGAGGCAGAGACGCCACAACUGGUUCGCUUCAUCGCACGCUGAGCAUUCAUACGACCGCAAUCGAGCAAACCUACAUGGCCGAAGAAUGCGACGAGAACGACUAUCAUCUUGAUCUCGAUUCCUACAAACCGGUACAGCCAAUCGCCAUCGAUCACGGAGUCGCGUUAUUUCCUGUUGCCGCCCCCCACUCCGGAAUGGAUCUUCAUCUUCUCCAGAUGUUACAUCAUGGCUCAACCUUGGUACACUGGGACUCCGAGGGUGGCACUACGAGAACGGCCUUGGUAUUCGCGCGGGUGGAUCGUGCUUGCGGUACCUUCGUCUGGGAAAAACCGCCAUGGAGUCCCUUGAAAACUGCUCAGAUAGGCGGCACAGCCUCCACCGAAUUUUCACUAACUGCCAAUCCAGAGGUCACGGUACCAACCGGUUUAUCAACGAGGUACACGACCCAGCAGUCGGAAUGCUCCUCCGUGACGCUGGAAGAGGGAUUUUUGGACCUAAGUUCGGUGAAGGAAGUUAUGAUCGGCUGCUGCGAUCGGGACAGAGAAACCGAUCUAAGAAGCAUCUGCAAGAGGUACGGUCUACCGGGCUCCGACUCAUGCAUCGGCCUCAUGUACGGCUCAAGUCUGCCGGACAAUCGACUGAUCUUUAUUCUUUGCCCUCCUGCCCUUAGCAAAAUUUGGUACAUGGGUCUCUGUUGGAUACUACGAGGCCUGAAACGACAGCAACAAUUGACCGAUCGUAGAUCGCGAUGGCUGAAAGAGAAGUACCUUCAGCUCUAUUUCGAAGAAGUUUGUCUCGAGCCAAUGACGGCGGACGCUAUAAGAGCCUUCGGCGGUCGCGAUUGGUCCAUGGCUGAAAGCAUCGGGACGCUUUCGCCAACGAGUAGCACCCUUCGCAAACGAAACAUUAAAGGGAAGAAAACGAAAUCCAUUGGCAAUAUUCACGCGUUAACUAAGGAUUUGAGCCUAAAACAGUAUGACUCUUCGUCCUCGGAUGGAGGCUUAUCAGCGGCCCCUCUUCGGCAGAUUACGGGUAGCAGGGAAUCCUUGACGAAAAUCAUACCGGCAUCUCCACGGUCUAGCAGAGAUCGAGUUCCCCCGCGCAGUCCUCCCGGUUCUGCUGAACGAAUUAUUAGUUCCAACUUGCCUUACUCCAGCUUUCAGAGCCUAUUAUGCGUGACGAGAGACAAGGACAAGAACGGAUCCGGAGUGUCGGGCGGAGUGGAAGCGCCAUGGCAAGUAAAGGCACGUACGACUUCUAUAAUGUACGAAACUCAGUUAAACUUCGUUGAGUUCGUCGCAUUGUUCCGCUCGUUCAGCCUGAGAGCACGGAAGGAUUUACGAGAUCUAUUCGGCCAACUGGCGAUCACUUGUCGCAGUCAGAGCGACGGUUCCUUGAGAGACUUCAACAUACGUCCACCGGUGUUGAGGCAAACCAGCGACGCGACGCCGCAAAGAAUCGGUCUGCUGACGAGGAACAACUCUAUCGACUGUCACGAAUAUAAAACCAGCAGCAACCUUCAGAAGAAGCAGGUUUUCGACGCUGUGGCUGCCGCUAGCAUCGUUAACAAUUGUUCUGGCGUGGACACUUCUAAAUCCCAAGUGAUCACUCUGGCAACUUUUACGAAAUUCUUGGAGUCGCGGCAACAAGAGAAAUUAACCGACGAUGAAAUCAAAGCACUCGUUAAGCGACACGAACCGGACCCAGUACUACGUACACAAUGGUGUUUGUCUUUCGAGGGCUUUGCGAGGUACAUGAUGGACAAGGACAAUUAUGCUUUCCCAAACGAGUAUGCGACGCCGUCCGAGACUGAAAUGCAACAGUCAUUGUCCCAGUAUUACAUCGCUAGCUCGCAUAACACCUAUUUAACCGGCCAUCAACUGAAAGGAGAAUCUUCGGUGCAGCUUUAUUCCCAAGUAUUGCAAACAGGAUGUAGGUGCGUGGAACUCGAUUGUUGGGAUGGCGAUGAUGGGUCUCCUGUCAUUUACCAUGGACACACCUUCACUACCAAGAUACCAUUUCGAUCAGUGGUAGAAGCGAUUGAUAGAAGUGCUUUCGUCAGUUCUCCUUAUCCUGUGAUUCUCUCCAUCGAGAAUCAUUGUUCCCAGAGUCAACAGACUCGAAUGGCUCAAAUCUUUCAAUCGGUGUUCGGAGAGAAACUCGUAACAAAAUUUCUGUUCGAAACCGAUUUCGGCGACGAUCCUCAGCUGCCGUCGCCAUCGCAGUUGCGCUAUCGAAUAUUGAUCAAAAACAAGAAAUUGGUGAUGGAUCCCACCGGUCCUCUGGUACACGCUCCCUUGUGUCACCGUGGAAAAAUGCUUAUGUCCGAUCGUGCAUCAUCAAUGAAACAGAUGCGUACUGACGUAAACACUGCUUCCGUCGUUGAAUAUUUCAGCGAGGACGAUGACGACGAGGAAGACGACGACGAGGAUGAUAAUAUCGAUGAUAAUUCGAUCUCCAGCUACGAAAGGUACUUGGGCGGAAUGCAGGUGCCGCACGGUCGAUUAAAGUCGGAUUCUGCGGUCGACGACAAGUCGCAGAAGCAAAGCAGUCAGAUCGCCAAGGAACUAUCGGACUUGGUGAUAUACUUGCAAGCCAUUAAAUUCCGUGGAUUAAAUACAACGCCGGGUACUACGGCCACUGGAAAGGCCCGUCAUCAGCCUCACACGGGCCCCGUUCAGAGGCAUAGUAUCGCUGGAAUAGGAACCACCACCAUACCUGGCACUUCCGGUUCGCCACAGUCUCUGUCAACAUCAGCUUCGCUCGCCAGCGGUGGCAGCAACAUUGACAAUCUCUUUAGAACCAAUCGCGGUGUGCCUGCUUGCUUUCAAUGCUCCUCGUUGAACGAGAGCACAGCCAAGAAGAUCUGCAGAAAGCAGCCUUUGGGCGUUGUUGCUCACGCCGAAACCCAGUUAAUUCGAACAUACCCGGCUGGAAUGCGUAUUGACUCCACAAACUUCAAUCCCGUGAUAUUCUGGGCCGUUGGUAUUCAAAUGGUAGCGCUAAAUUACCAAACCGACGAUGCCGGAUUGAAUUUGAACGCCGCAAUGUUCGAACAAAAUGGACAGUGCGGAUACGUCAGGAAACCUUCAGUAAUGUGGGACAAAGGUCACAUGAUGUACAGACGUUUCAAUCCCUGGGACAAGGAAUUCGACGGACUGCACUCGGCUCACUUGACACUCUCGAUAGUAUCCGGCCAAUAUGUUUCCCCGACGAAUUUCGUGGCCAGCACCUACGUGGAGGUCGAGCUGGUCGGGAUUCCGAUAGAUUGUGCCAAGCAUAAAACAAAAGUGAUACAGAGCAACGCCCUGAAUCCGAUCUGGAACGAGAAAUUCUGCUUCCAAGUGAUGUUCAAAGACCUCGCCUUCCUGCGUUUCGGUAUCGUCGAGGCGAAUUCCCACCACCUGAUCGCCCAAAGAGUGAUACCUCUGAAAUGCUUGAGACCCGGUUACAGGCACGUCCGUUUGCGUUCAUGCAAAAACAAACCCUUGGCCUUGUCGACGCUCUUCAUCUAUUCCCGUCUGGAGGAGGAGAGCCUGGACUACAACACUUGCUGUCGCGACCACAAGGAAUCGUCAAAGCGUCCAUUGUCGGGAAAAGAACCCGAGAAACUGACCACCGUGGACCCUGGACUGGGCGGGGUGACGUUGAAACGAAGAAUGUUCUUCCUGAUGGUCUACCACGUGGUGCCCAACGAGCCCUACACCAUCUUAAAAGUGACUCAAGAAAGCACCACGCAAGAGGUGAUGCUCCAAGCCCUCCAGAAGGCUGGCAUAUCGGCGGAUCGCGUCGACGAGUACAUCCUCGUCGAGGAGGUAUCCCGCGGUUGGGAGAAAAGGGACAGAGAAGAGCUGCCCACGCAACGGGUGUUGGACCCGACGGAGCAUCCGUUGCAGGCUCAAGCACUGUGGAAGGGACAGGGUCGCUUCCUGUUGAAGAGGGUGGGCGACGAUCCCAGCAGUAGAGCCUGGUUGGCGUCCAUCAGAAGCACGGCGGGCCACUCGAAGCUCGACUCCGACAGAGACACGUCCACCCACAUAUGGGACGAGGCCGACACUUUCCUGGUUUGCAUCUACAACGUCUCGCCUGAUAUACCCUACGCGAUACUCCGUGUUCCCGUGAGCAGCUCCGCCCAGGACGUGCUAGCCCAGGCACUGGUAAAGGCCAGGAGGAUGGAGAAUCCGAUGAAGUUCGCGUUGGUCGAGGAGCUCGAGUGGGGCGGGACCGGGGCCGUAGGUAGCGGGAAUCGUCAGCUGAGAGUGUUGCGCGACGAUGAGAACGUCUACAGCACCCAAGCGUUCUGGAAGACGCUGGGUAGAUUCAUUUUACGGGAACGUGAGCAAGCGAUACCGAGGCGACACCUGCUGCCGGCCACGCUGGACAGACUCAGUAAGGGCUUUUCUGUUGGGAGAUCGGUUUCCUUGCCAGGUUCUAGCAAGGAGAAGGUGCCUGUUUCAGAAGCGCUUUCCGAUCCAACUUCCAGAGGCCUCAGACACCGUCUGCUUAUGUCCGGCCGCAGGAGGGAGGUACACUCGGACGGCGAAGACACCCGUGAGUCCGACAUUCUGAACGCGGCCCUUCACUUGAAGAAAGUGUCGUUGAGGAAGCUAAGGGUGUGGAAGUCAUAGUGGCAGUCACGGGCGACGUCGAUAUCAUCGAUCUUCGCCGCUCGGAGAAACGACUCGUAAGUUACGAUAGAUCAUUGCGUUCGGGGCGUAGGGAAUCUAACGUUCAGCUUCAACAAUCAGCGACCCGGGAACACCGUGACGCAACCAAAGAUAUACGAAACAGACGCCUAAUUGUAUGCGACCGCUAUUCGAGCACGCACGAUCCGAGGUCUUCGCAUCAUCGCUUGGAAACAAAACCGGUAUUAAUGAGAAUAGUAUGAUUGGGACGGAGUUUGAUUGGACGUAAUGUCGUUGUAACGCGUAUCUGGAAUUUGGACAGCUUCGACGGUGCAAACGCCAGCAAAAUACCAAAUUAUGUUCAAGUAUCGAUAGCAUUGAAUUUAUUUUGGAUCGUUUCGAUUGCUAAAUUUAUGUGUAAAUGUCGUUAACGAGCGAGGUUUUUAUAAUAGUGUCUUUCACAGUCUCGAGUUUCACGAAUCGUCCACCCCGUUUUUCUAGUCAUGUUAAUAUUGUAACAACGUACAAAUUGUGAUCCUCGACGAGGAUCCACCCAGAGACUUUCAAAAGAGUACGCAAGAAAUAUUUUUAAAAGUUCGGUUCGAUCGAUCGGUUCGUUUGGUUGUAGAUUACCGCAAACCUGUUUUCCAUAUUUUUCUAUACACGUGUACAUAUUUUUAAUCUAAACUAUAUAUUUUAAUACAUGUAUAUAUUUAUAUUUAAUGGAUACACUGUAUUAAACGACCCUGUGAAGAAACUUCACGGCACAGAUUAAGAAUAACUAGUCAAUUCGUUUUAAUUUGAAAAAAAAAAAUGAAGCCAAACAUCAAACUCCGAUAUCGAUGUAACUUACACCGGGACCUGAUUCUUUUUUAUAAACAUUUACUUGACCCUCAAGUUAUUAACGCUUGCACUUUGAGUACCUGACUUGUCUCUAAAAGUUCUCCUUUAUUCGCGACAACGUUCGAGUAGUAUCUUUGUAAACGCAUAAUCGACACGCAUUUUAUUCUUUUGGAGAGACACUUGUUUAAAGAAAAAAUUAAAGGGAACGAAAUCGUCUUUACGAAUCACUCCAAAAUUACAAGUAUCGAUCAUUUUUUCGACCCAACUCUCGUUUCGUUGCUAGCAAUCGAUAAAAGACUUCACUUGACGACAAUAACAAUUAUCUUUUCUAUAAAGUGUACAACGCUGGUAGCUAAUUUUAAACCUACUGGCCAACUCUUCACCCAUCAAAACGUACUUCGAUUUCUCAACGUUCUCUUACGAAACUGCACCAGUUUUGUUUUACUUCGUCCCCGUAAUAGGCGUAAUAGAUAUUAAUAAGACUAUCUCUAUCUAAAUUUUACAAUCUCGAUUUUCUUAAAUUCUAAUGAAAUUCGUUAUUAAACUUUGAUUACCGAUUGAUCGUCUCGCUUCCCGUGGGAAAUGAGAGUCAGGAAAACUACAGCGACGGCACGGAGCGAAAUAAAGCGAGACCGAACUAUAAUUUUAAAAAUGGCAAAAUGAAGACGUCUAGUCAAGCUCUAUCAUCGAUGUAUGUUUAGAGACAACCGAGCACGAUGUAUUUAAAUUAUUUUAUAGAUGCGAUGCUUCUAGGUGUGACUCGUAACGCAAAUUAAAACGACUGCAUUCUAAACCUAAGAGGUUCACAUCGUAGGGCAAAAUUCUCGGAAUCGCGACGUAGUACGUGAGCCUGUGACUUUGUUGCCGCGAGUCUUCGAUUAAAAAUAAAGAAAUAUCCAAAGAAAGGAACAGUAUUAUUCGCGUGUAACGUAUAGCCACGACGAUUGCGUGAAUUUCGUUCGACGCAACAAUCGUACUAUUUAGUCCACGUGCGUGUGUGUACGGUUUCUCGUUCGUUCACUGACGCACCGCUGCACACGGACCACAAUUCCAGUGUGCUGGUUGGCAUCGGUGAUUAGGAGCCCCGGGCAAAACCGUAGGUCCCCGGCCAAUAGCAUAGUCGACGCCGGUUAACGCCAAUAAACAGCAAACAACGUACACUCGUACGUUCGGUGAUUGGUUUAUUACUGAUUUGCUAAGAGAAUGCAGUGCGGGCAAUAUUUGUACAUAAUUACAUUAUCUUUUCCGUCGUUGUAUCUAAUCGAUACGAUCGGGUAACAUAUACGCGCGUGGAGAACAUGCUACUUGCGAGGGGAGUACGUGAUCACGUUCGAGACGCACCGAUUUGGCUCAAAUUUUAUAAAUAAAUCUAUAAAUAAAUAAAUAAAUUUUAUAAAUAAAAAAGUCGAUUUUAAAGUUUUGUAUUUUUCGGAUACGUUUUUUCUAAUUGUUGUUACAUAAUCAUUUGUGUUAGGUAUUUCUUAUAUUUGAUUCAACCUGUAUUGGUCCUAUUUAGUACAGACUUGUGCUUAUGUAUUAUAAA